CUUCAUUCGAGAAACGAUACUACGCCUGUACGGGAAUAAAACAUAAUGGUAUUAAUAUAUUAUAGAUGAGACCGAAUUGGGAUAAACCGUUGCGAUGUUUUUUACCGUACAUCACUUCUCCGUAGACUUCCAGCCCUGUCUGAUCCACAUGACUUUUUAAUGUUCAGCUGCUUUGCCCCAGUAACUCGCGAACAGUAAAACGGUAUUUGGAGUGAUUAUCUAAACGUUGAGUGCAAAUUAUCAGAUUAGUUUACUUCUUGUCAGUUUCGCGCGAAUGUUUUCCGCGAUAAGUCGUGUAUGCACCGGUGAAUUUUAGAGAAAAGUGAAUAAGUGUCGAUCGUUAGUGGCCCUUUGCCAAUAACCUUUCGAUCGCCGCCAUGAAUUUGACGGUACUGGAGGCCAAGAUAGUGGCCAUGGUCAUAACAGGGGUGGGAAGUUUCAUCAUCGGAGUAUUUCCCGCUUGUUUUACCAAUCGAGGAGGAGAACGGAAGCUGCUCUUGUCCGCACUGUUGUGUUUCGGUGCUGGCGUCCUAUUAGCCACCUCUAUGUUGCACAUGCUGCCGGAAACGAGAGAAUCUCUUGCGAAUUAUUCCGAGCUCGUCUUCUGCGGUGGUUUUUUAUUGCUCUACAUGGUAGAUGAAAUAGUGCACCUCAUAUGGGGUAAGGUCAUCGAUCAACCACCGGAAUUACAUUUACACGAAUUCGGACCAGGCCACAAAAAUAGUCGCACACACAGUAACCGGAAUAGUAAUACUUCCGUGGUCCACGAAUUUGGGCAUUCUCACGCCUGUACAAAAAAAUUGAGUCACAGCCGUGGUGACACUUGUACCGCUCCUAGUUCGAUCGCCGCACCUCAUCUGGCUCCAAGUGCACCCCAUGAUAUUGAAGAAAAUUGCGAGCCAAACCUCAAGAGUAACAUCGAUUACCUGCAGCGACGUGGACAUCAAUACUACGGAAGUAUACCGGAUGUUCGAUCUUCGGCAUCGGAUGUACCAGCGCCUUGUUGCGACGAAGAAGGAACGUUACUUUGCCACGGAGCUCAUGCUGAACCUUGCAGUAAUACAAAUUCAGGUUUAGCAGGUCUUCUAAUGGCCUUGACGUUACACUCGAUUUUGGAAGGACUCGCCAUUGGUCUGCAAAAUGAAACCCCCAAGGUACUGAUCCUCGUAGCGGCGGUUGCAUCCCAUAAAUUAGUCGUAGGAUUUUGUCUUGGUGUCGAGCUUGCAGCAACUGCUGGUUCAUUUAUACGGCACUUACUUGCCAUCGUUGUAUUUGCCGGUGGUUCGGCAGCUGGAAUCGGAAUCGCGAUGAUGAUCAUACAGAUAAAAGAAAACUGGAUAGUGAAUAUCCUGUUGCCGGUUCUACAAGGCAUAGCUGGUGGAUCGCUGCUUUAUGUUACUGUCAGCGAAGUCUUACCGAGAGAAAGAGCCAGGUGGCACAGAACUACAAGACGUGUAGCAGGAAUCACACAGUUUCUCUCCGUCCUCUUUGGUUUUUCGUUCAUGUAUAUCCUCAGCAAGUACACAGAGGCAGCCCAUGCCGCGAGUAUUAAUCACGAAAAACCUUGAGAUUUGUUACUAACAAUAAGUGACAUGGAUGAAAUUUAAAUUACUCAACUGGAGGACAAUUUUGGUCGUGAAGAUUUAUUUUCUGAUAGUCGACCUCCAGCUAUUGUAUGAUAUAUUACAUAAUUUUUUACACUGUCGAAAAAUAAAAUACAAAAUAGA